UUUACCAUUUCUAUCUCGACAUAGUCUUUUAUAUUUGUUUUAAAUUACUUCAAAUGCAGCACCGACCAAGAUGCGCCUCACUGAUUUGUGCGUGCCAAGAGAGAGAAAAGGAGGAAAGCGAAAACAUGGCUGGUUUGAUGGCAGGUUUUGGUCACUACACCCAUGCGGUUGUCCGGGGAAUCCCCGCGUCCCUGGCCAAAGAGGCGCUCAGGACCAGCCAGGCGGAGGUGGACUUGACAAGGGCGCGGACCGAAUACGAGGCGUACGUCGAGGUGCUGCGGACGAGGCUCGGGCUGGAGGUGGUGGAGCUGCCCGCGGACGAGUCGCUCCCGGACUGCGUGUUCGUGGAGGACGCGGCAGUGGUGUGCGGCGAGACGGCGCUCAUCACCAGACUCGGGGCGGAGAGCAGGAGGAGAGAGACUGAAGUGAUGAAAGAGGCUCUAAAGGAUCUAAAUUUGAACAUAGUGGAAAUGACGGAUGAGAAUGCAACCCUGGAUGGAGGAGACGUUCUGUUUACAGGUCGAGAAUUCUUUGUUGGUCUUUCUAAACGGACAAAUCAGAGAGGAGCAGAGAUCCUAGCUGAUGCAUUUAAGGACUAUGCUGUUUCCACUGUGCCUGUGCUGGAGGGGUUGCACCUGAAGAGCUUCUGCAGCAUGGGAGGACCAGGGCUUAUCAUCAUCGGCUCCAGUGAACCAGCUCAGAAGACUCUUAAAAUUAUGCAGCAAAUGAGCGACCAUCGCUAUGACAAGCUGACGGUGCCAGAUGACAUUGCUGCCAACUGUGUCUACAUGAAUCUUCCCAACAAAGGACAUGUGCUUCUUCACUGUACAGCGGAGGAGUUUCCAGAGAGUGUGAAGGUGUUUGAAAAGCUGAAAGACCACAUGCUGAUUCCUGUGUCCAAUAUGGAGAAAGUUAAAGUGGAUGGAGCUCUCACAUGCUGCUCUGUGCUCAUCAGCAAGAAUCCAAACAACUGAGCAUGUUGAAAAGUGAUCUUUCAGUGCAUGGUAAUCAAGCACUGCAGCUGGUAUACAGCUUAAUGUCGAACUAAAAGAGCAAGUUAGAAGAGAGAUGAGCUCUUUCAGUGUUUUUUAUUACAUAAAAUCUAAAGGGAACCAUCAGGUCAUCUCUCCAGUACACUGAAAUUACAAUAAGACUAGUUAAAAUGUGAGAGUAGUUUAGAUGAUAACAUAAAGUAUCAGGUUACUAACGUCUUUUUAAAAAAAAUCAGGAUUAAUAAUCGAGCUAUUUUGCCCUAAAAUUGAAAACUGACAGUGUUCAAUAUGUAAAAAGUGAACAAAAGGACCAAAACAACUGUUACUCAUAAUGUUAGAUAUUAUUUAAAAUCAGUAGAGGAAUGUGUAAUGUUGAUUUACAUCCUUGAACCAUAUGAGGAUUCUGACUAAUCUGUGAACAUCUGUGAACAUCAUUCAGUGUUUAUGAUCCUUAAAGAGGACCUCAAUGAAAUUAACACAGAUUCAAUAGAUUCCCAUUUUGUCAUUGUAAGAUGAAAUAUUAAUAACAUUGUUCUGCAGAUCUAAACGGAGAUGUGUAUAGAGUUAGCUCAUAUUGUUUACAUGCACCAUUUUGACUGUGAUUUACCUUUUGUGUGCUCUUGUGCCUACAUAGUGUGAGUAAACUUACAUUUUUAGAGAAAUGUAUUCUGGAUCAACAUCAAAGAAAGCAGUUCAACUAGAACUGUCACCUAAACCAUAGUUUCACUUUUAUUACCAAUUCAAAGCAAAAUUCUGACUGUUUCCAUACACUUGGUGCUGAAUCUAAUUCUGAAAAUACAUCAAUGUAGCAAAAAGCUUGAAACAUCUUCUGGUAUGAUUGUAAUCUUAUUUUUUUUUAAUCCAUUCUUGUUUUGAUGUUUAAAUUUCUGUCCCACAGAAUUUAUUAUCACUUUUACUUUUAGUAACUCUUGCUUAAACAAAUCACUUAUUAAAAUCCAGUUUGCUAUGUAGUACUACACAACCACCAACAGAUACAGCAUGUUUGUGGCAAAAAAAAAAAAGAUUAAUUAAAAUAUACAACCAUGCAAAGAUCAUGAAUGUAGUGCCUUGCAUAUGAAAUCACACACAUUCAACUUUUUUUCACAUUUUAGUCAUGUUACAACCACAGAUCAAUAUCUGUGAAUUUCACUGGGUUUUUAUGUGAUAGACCAACAGAAAUCAGUGCAUAUUUGUGAAGUGGAAGAAAAUUACACAGUUUUAAUUUUUUUAAAGUACAACUUUGAAGAGUUGCAUUUAUUAGUAUUGAACCUUCUUAACUGUGAUCCAUCUAAAUGGCAACCACUGCAACCAAUUGCCUUUAGAAGUCAACUAAUUAGUUAAUAGUACCAAUUUUGUGGGAUUGAACUUCUAUAUUAAUGCAGUUAUUCCUUAAAGUCCCUGAUCAAACAAUCAUGAAAACGAAAAAACACAAUUAUUUUGUUGUGCCAUAAAAUGCUGAAAAGUUUAAUGGAGGGUUAGAUUAUACAACCCUAUGCCAACCUUUGAAAACUAUCUUUUUUGAAGAUGAACAAACAAUUUCCACUUUGAAACAAGGUGUUGGCAUCAUCAUACUAAGUGUUGCUUUUUAUCAUCUCUUACCAGGAACUGGUACUGGCAAUAUUGUAAGAUGAGCUAACUGGAAUAGAUACUCAUGCAUUGCUUUGUGGUAAAAUAUUACAUAAAGUACGAGGUAUAUACAUUAACAUUUGUGGUUUUAACAUGACAAAAUGUAGAAAAUACUUUUUAAGGCACUGUAUAUUUUUAUUGAAACCAACACAACCCUCCUUCCUACUUCUGCCAGUGCCUUUGUGGAAAAUCAAUGACUUUUCUCCCGCUGAACGACUCUGAGGUUGCUGCACUUUCUCCAACAUCAUUAGUUCUGCCUGUGUUUUUGAUUACACUGGAUGUUUGUUAUUCUUGUUUGGCAGUUUUCCCUUCAGAAUCUGAUGUAUGCCGUCCUGUCAGCACUCUCUGUAGCACAAAAUUCAACAGGAUCAAAUGUGAUUGCAGUCAAGAGUUUUCAGAACCAGUUAACCACAGCCAUGUGAUGAGCUUCCAGUAGAAGCCUACCUAAUGUUGUUGCUGCUUAAGUAGCUUCAUUUCCGUUGUUGGCGAAUUCGUGUUUGAGGCCUGUAAACAUGACAACACGAUAAAUAUACACGUGUUCUUUAAUAAACCACAACCCUGCAUGUCCAUCACAUCUGAGGCAGCUCUGGUUCUCGAUGUGAUUGUCUGUGAAAGUUGAGGAAAUGACAUCAUGAGGUGACUCAACCUCCCCCCAUAGACAUUAGUGUAUGGGCAAGUGGGCAGUGAUGAAACAUGGAAAGAAUUCAUGUCGGGAGGAAAAGCAGCUUGGGGAGUAAACACUGGCCCUUUUAAAUUUUCUUCUUCUAUUGCCUGUCUAACUUUGAACACAUUCUGUCUCCCACCUUUCUCCUAACGCCUCAUGGACAACGUUGGGCUACUUUAUGACUGUGACAUCAUAAGCCCUGGCAGACGCUGCUGAUCUGCUGCUGGUGUGAUAGAAAACAGUAGUUGGACUGGAUAGUUUUCUUCUAAUGCCUAAGCUGCAUACAUAGACUGUAAUUAAGAACUAAUAUGGCUAAAUUGCUAAAUUAUCUAAAUUUGGGUACAGAUAAAAAUAUUUUAGAGCUGUUAAAAUGUCAAACAUGUAGGAUUUACAUCCACUCCUAGUUGUUAAGGUGUUAUUGUUCCAUCUCAGGUGUUUUGGUUUUAAUUCAAACUGUUGAACUCCUCUAUACUUGAGCCUUUUCCUUUUCUUUUAUGAAUAAAUUAACAUUAGCUUUCA